AUGCAGAAUGAGAUGGAAGAGAAAUUUGAAGAUUGGAGGGGCAAAGAGGCAAUCCCUGGCAAGCAUGGUGGAAUUAGAGCUGCUUCCAUCGCUUGUGUUGUGGAGAUGAUGGAGAAUAUGGUGUUCUUAGCAUGUUCAACCAACUUCAUCACAUACUUUACAAAAUCAUGGCAUUACUCAUCAGCCAAAGCAUCGAACAUGGUGACCAAUUUCACAGGAACGUCGUUUUUGCUCACUAUCAUUGGUGGUUUUGUUGCUGACUCUUUUCUCACUCGCUUCACCGCUUUCGUCAUAUUUUGUUCCAUUGAACUCCUGGGUUUGAUCUUGUUGACCAUCCAAGCACAUACCCCUAAGUUACAACCUCACGGAGAUAACACUCCUUCAACUCUUCAAUCACUGGUUCUAUUCACCGGACUAUAUGCAGUAGCUACAGGUGUUGGAGGUGUCAAAGCCUCUUUGCCUGCUCAUGGAGGCGACCAGCUUGAUAGUCGAAAGCAAGGACUUAUCUCAGGAUUUUUCAGUUGGUACUUCUUCUCUAUCUGCUUUGGAGGCCUCUUGGCCGUUACAAUUAUGGUUUGGACUGAAGAGAACAAAGGAUGGAGCUCCAGCUUCGAUAUCUGCACCGUGAUUUUGGCCUCUGCACUCUUUAUUUUCACCGUGGGAUUUCCUAUGUAUCGGUUCAGGCGUCCAACGGGAAGCCCUUUGACCAGAAUUGUGAACGUGUUUGUUUCAGCCGCAAGAAACCGAAAUAGGUUUGUAACGGAUGCAGAGAUAACGCUGAAUAACUCUACCGACAAAAGCAUUCAUCACAACAAAUUCAAGUUUUUAAAUAAAGCGAAGCUCAACAACAAGAUCUCAGCAACAGAAGUUGAAGAAACAAGAACGUUUCUAGCUCUCCUACCAAUAUUUGCGAGCACAAUUGUAAUGAACUGUUGCUUAGCACAACUCUCAACCUACUCCGUACAACAAGGCAUGCUGAUGAACAGAAAACUCUCAAAGUCCUUCGAGGUUCCUCCCGCUUCUCUCAACACUAUUGCUCUCCUAUUUAUGCUCUCUUCUAUAGCUUUCUACGAACUCUUUGGAAAAAGAAUCUCAUCAAGCAACAACGAAAGGUCGUCGUGCUUCAAUUUGAAACGCAUAGGAACAGGCCUAGCUCUUACAUCUGUUGCAAUGGCCAUAGCAGCAAUCGUGGAGGCCAAGAGAAAACACGAGGCGGUUCACAAUAGCAUCAAAAUAUCUGUGUUCUGGUUAGAGUUUCAGUAUGUUUUGCUGAGUUUCUCGGAUGUGUUGACUCUUGGAGGAAUGUUAGAGUUCUUUUAUAGAGAAUCUCCGGCGAGUAUGAAGAGCAUCAGCACGGCGUUGGGGUGGUUUUCCACCGCAUUAGGUUUCUUCCUCAGUACGGUUCUUGUGGAUGUCACUAAAUCGGUCACGGGAUGGCUCGACGGAGAAGAUGUUAACGGCUCCAGGCUCGAGCUGUUUUAUGCGGUCCUGUGUGUUCUUAACACCCUUAAUCUUUUUAAUUAUAUUUUCUGGGCGAAAAGAUAUUAAGCUAAAAAAAGAAAACAAAGUAUGUGCUCGUCUUUUGUCAAAAGUACUCUUUAGUUUUGUUAAAGUCUGACAUAAUCUUUUAGUGAAGAUGCUAAGCAUAAUGUGUGUGUGUGUGGUCUCGUGAUGUAGUGGAAGUCUAAAUCAAGUCACUUGUGUACUUGUUUCUUGUGGUCGUUCGCAAGAUGGUUGAGAUUGCAUUGUAAUA